GGGGCUUUUUUGUUUUGACCUUUUGCCUUUAACUUUCAGAGAAAGUUCCUUGACGCGUUAUAAAGAAAAGAAGAACAAAGUAUUACAUCAAGAAAGCGAUAAUCAUAAGAUUGUUUACGUUUUCGUAUAGUAAUUUAAUUCAGAUUUUUACAAAAUCUCUCCCACUUUCUUAUUAAUUUGUUUUCAUCCUCCCAAAAACGCAACAAAUUAUAUCGCUAAAUCUCUGGAAAGGAGAAGAGGAAGAAGAUGAGAAGAGUGUUCGGCGUUAAGAAAGAUAAAGAACCUCCUCCUUCUAUUCAAGAUGCCUCCGACAGGAUAAAUAAAAAAGGUGAUUCAGUGGAUGAUAAGAUCAAGAAACUGGACGCAGAGCUGACUAGAUACAGAGAACAGAUUAAGAAAACAAGACCUGGGCCUGCUCAAGAGGCGGUUAAAGCUAGAGCCAUGAGGGUUCUUAAGCAAAAGCGAAUGUAUGAAGGACAGAGGGACAUGCUUUACAACCAGACAUUCAACCUUGAUCAAGUUGCAUUUGCUUCGGAGGGUAUUAAAGAUGCUCAACAAACGAUGUCAGCUUUGAAAUCUGCCAAUAAAGAAUUGAAAGGAAUGAUGAAAACUGUGAAGAUCCAAGACAUUGAUAACUUACAAGAUGAGAUGAUGGACCUGAUGGAUGUGAGUAACGAAAUCCAAGAGACACUGGGUAGAAGCUACAAUAUACCUGAUGACAUUGAUGAGGAAGAACUCAUGGGAGAACUUGAUGCACUAGAAGCAGACAUGGGACUGGAAAUUGAAGGUGAUGGUGUACCUUCUUAUCUGCAACCCGAUAAGGAACCUGAUCUGGAUUCAGAACUCAACUUACCUUCAGCACCCACAGGACAAGCAGCAGGACCAGCGGGUAGAAAUAAUGCCCAGGCUGAGGAUGAACUAGGUUUACCUGCUGUCCCUCGGGCGUCUAUCCGCGGAUAGCCGAUUACUGGGUCUGAUCCAUGUGUAAAUAUAAAUGGUCUGCUUGAUGGCAGAGCCCUUGUACACUUAUUGUGCAGAAUUUGCUUGGAUGUGAUCCUGUGAUUAUUCUAUCAAACAGAUUCUCUUAUUUUAAUUUAAUUGUGAGAAAAGGAGGCAUCAUCAGCUUGACAAUUUGGAUUAUACGUGUUGAAUAUAUUUUUUGAGCUGGCAGGCAUUUCUUUCUA